AUGGGUCCAAAGAAACAGACGCAGCAGUCUGGCAAAAGCGGGCAGAAGUUCCAGUUCCCGCCAUCGGUGGCUGGCCUGGACUCUGCCAAGGCAAAUCUGUACAAGCCGCAGUUUGAGAGUGUUGUCCCCGGACAGAUAUUCACGGUGUCCAAGUUUCUUACUGCAGAUCAGUGUCGGGACCUGAUAGCCGCAAUCACACAGGGUUUGCCGCUGGAGACCACGCCACUGGUUAAAUCCAAGUUCUACGCUGCGCGAGUAAAUGACCGGGCGUCUAUUUCGGACGUUCAAGGCGCUGACCUGUUUUAUCAGUAUUUCCGCCAAUUGCUCGAGUUCCAGUCGCAGCAGGAAAUGGUUGACGGGUGGAUAGUUGACGAGAUGACCCGGUCCGAGGCGUUCAACCCGAACCUGCGUUUCUACAGGUACACGAAGGGACAAUAUUUCGGCAAACACUACGACGAGUCGGUUGGAUGUGGCCAAGGACGGGCCACCAAAUGGACGGUACUCAUUUAUUUGAGCGACCAGGGACUGAAAGGCGGAGAGACCAUUUUCUACAACGACGCAGCCAAGGGCCCCGACAAACAAAUAGCCACGCGGCCGGUGCAGGGAAUGGCCCUGUUCCACAAACACGGAGACGACUGUCUUUUACACGAGGCUGCGGCGGUUGCUGCUGGGGAAAAAUGGGUGUUUCGAACAGACGUAGUGUACGAUAUAUACAAAUGA